AUGUUUAAUAUAUAUUUUCGUAAUUUUUCUAAAAAAGCUGGUUGGUCUUGGCUAAAAAAUAGAAGAGGAAGAAAAAAAAUUAUUUCUAUUGUGUACCCGCCUAAAGAAAGAAGUAAAAUAAUAAAAUUAAAUGAUGAAAGUGAUAAAUUAAUUUUUGUGAGUAAUGGAAAAUUAAGAAAUAAUUUCUUAUCUACUGUAAAAAAUAUGAAAGAAACAAAAUGUGUUAUAAAAAAUAAUUUAAUUUAUACACCAUGUUUAGUUAUAUCUAAAGCUAAAUGUCAUACACUUUUAGAAAUAUUGACGUAUGAUGAAAUUUUACAUUUAGAAAAAUUGUCACCACAUAUUUUAAAAUGCUUUGAAGAAGCUGAAAAGAAAUUAGAGCAAGAAAAGGAAAAUAAUAUAUUAAAAAAACAUGAAGCACUAAAAUUUAAAUUAAUUAAAUAA